AUAGCGCAACGCUGAUUCUCACUAUAAAAGCUAGCCGUCGGAACCUCACAGCCAGACUUGAUUCGAUCAGUGUUUACUACUAAACAGGAUCAAUUAAGGUUAAAAAUGAAGUCCUUAAUCGUAUUGACAUUGUUCAGUGUAAUCGCAGUAGCGUGGACGAAGCCAGCUAAUACGUACACUGACAAAUGGGAUCAUAUCAACGUUGACGAAAUUUUGGAAUCACAGCGCCUCUUGAGGGGUUACGCUGAUUGCCUAGUUGAUAAAGGUCGCUGCACAUCUGACGCGAAAGCCCUUAAGGAAACACUUCCUGAUGCUUUAGAACAUGACUGCUCGAAGUGUACCCCAAAACAAAAGUCUUCAGCCGACAAAGUUAUCAGGCAUUUAGUCAACAAACGCCCUGACCUGUGGAAGGAGCUCGCUGCCAAGUAUGACCCCAAGAACAUUUACCAGCAGAAAUAUAAGGACAGAAUCAAUGCUGUCAAGGGAAAGGCUUAAUUGUUUUCAUCAAGAAUAACUCGUCCGUCGGUCUAGAAAUAUUGGAAGAAUUAAGGGGGUGUGCUAGUAAAAAAUAAUGUCAGUCAUUGGUACCAAAGCAAAAUUUUAAUGUGUCAACGUUUGUAUAAUCUAAGAUUGCAACUGUUAAUAUGAUUAAUAAAUUCGAUAUUUAAAAAUUUAA